UGAUAGAGAUUUAAAAAAAAAGAGAGGAGGGGGGAGAAGGAAACAACUCAGAGACUCCAAUAGAGAGCGAAAUCUACACCCAGAGCUAGCGACCAGUGCAUGUGUGUGCAGGGAAAACAAUACUCCAAGUUACCUGCCCUGCUCUAGGAGAAGAAGGAGGGUUUGCUGCUGUUCUCUUGCAGACAUCUGCAGACUGGUGCUUUUUUGGAAGAGUUUUUUUUUUCUUUCUUUCUUUACAAACCACCAACGGAUGUGAGGCAAGGAAGGUGUUUCUUUUUCUCCUAAACUCAGGCACCUCUUGCUGAUUCUUCUCAACCUGCUUGGGGUUUUUGUUGUUGUUGUUUGUUUUUGUUUUGCACGAACGUUAACCAAAAAAAGAAAGAAAAAAUAAAAGAAAAGAGGAAAGGAGUUUGCUUGAUGUUUUAGUGAAAUGGACGUAAGAUUUUAUUCACCACCUCCACCACCACAGCCUGCAGCCACUCCUGAUACCCCUUGUCUGGGACCUUCUCCUUGCCUGGACCCCUACUACUGCAACAAGUUUGACGGUGACAACAUGUAUAUGAGUAUGACAGAGCCGAGCCAGGACUAUGUGCCAGCAAGCCAGGCUUUUCCUGGUCCAAGUCUUGAAAGUGAAGAUUUUAACAUACCUCCCAUAACUCCUCCAUCAUUACCUGACCACUCACUGGUGCACCUGAAUGAGGUAGAGUCUGGGUACCACUCCCUGUGUCACCCAAUGAACCAUAACGGCCUGCUUCCAUUCCAUCCACAAAACAUGGACCUACCUGAAAUUACCGUGUCCAACAUGCUUGGCCAAGAUGGGACACUGCUUUCAAAUUCACUUUCUGUG